CGGCCACACGUCCCGGCCGAAGGACGCUCCUCGAGGUCCUUGAGUCCUUGAAAAGCCCGGGGUCGCGCAGUGAUACAGUGACCUAGUGCCUGUCUGGAUACACCGCCAUGGAGAUAAGACAACACUACUGCAGGCUAGCCUGCGUCGCCGUCGCCACACUGUUUCUCGUCAGCGCGGCCGAGAAGUACCAAGCCCCCUACUUCAUUCAUCAAUGCCAGCGGUCCGACCCCGAGAUCAACAAGUGCCUCCAGUUCUCCGCCAACACGCUCGUCAAGCACUUCAGGAACGGCAUCCCCGAGCUGGAAGUAGAGGAGGUGGAGCCCAUCAUGAUCAACGAGAUCCACCUGGCGCUGGGCAGUGGGCCCGACGGCUACCGAGCCAUCUUCCGGGACGUGGAGGCGUUCGGCGUCAGCAACAUGACCGUCACGGGCGUCAGGUCAAACCUGGACUCGAUGGAGUUCCAGCUGAGCUUCUACGUGCCGCACAUCAGGGCCAGGGCGCAGUACCGGUCCUCCGGAGUGCUCAUCAUGGUGCAGGCCACCGGGGGCGGCGACUACUGGGGCGAAUACGAGGGCGUGCGGGCCAAAGUCUACUUCAAGGCGCGCCAGGAGCAAGCAAAUGACCUCACCUACCUGCAAGUGGACGACAUCAAGAUGGACUUCAGCGUCAAGGACAUCAAAAUGGGCAUCAAGAGCCAGCAGGACAACGCCAUCAUCGAAGCGGCACUGAACCUUUUCAUCAACACAAACGGGCAGGAGCUCUUGAAGGAAAUGAAGCCAUCCAUCAAGAAGCAUCUCCUGCAGACCAUGAGGACCUUCAUCAACAACCUCUUCGGCAGGGUGCCCUACGAGUACUGGAUUCUAGACGAGUGAAAGGACGCUUUAACGGAGGAUAAAGACAAACUACUGUACUGACACUACCUGAAAAUUGUUGCCGACGCCUACUGAUUAUGGAAAUCGUAAAUUUCGAGAGGAAACUUAGGGGGAAGACCCAUUUGUUGAGACUUUGAUGAGAUCUGCUGAGAUCGUUGUGCUCCGAAUCCGGAGCGUGAUUGGUCGAGUUAUAAUAACAUCUUUGACCUAAAGGACUAUUGCGGUCCUAGUACCGUGCAGUAUGAUAGACUUUCUUUGAAAUGGACUGUUUGGGAAAUGUGCACUUUUUGUAUGUUUCUGUUGUUGAUAAUUUUAUUUAUAUUUCUGCAAAUAAAAAACUGCGUUGUUAAGAAAAAAGAAA